CUAUUUCUAGCAUAUAUUAAUAUGGUAGAAAUAACCAAAAUUGAAGAUAUAUCAAUCUGUGUAAAUGAUACAGAUUGCAAUAAGUCAAUAGACUCAACCAUAUAUAUACAGAUUCCUGAAGUUGAUACAUCUUCAGAAGAUUUGUCAAAUGAGACAGAAGAGAUUAAUAUCUUUACUACUACUAAUCAUACAGAAAUAUCUUCAAAAAUAAAUGCUAGUGCAACAGAGCUAUCAGAAGUACCAUCAACCUUAACUACAACACUUUCACCAUCAGUAAUAACAAUAUCCUCAUCAACUAUACGUUUGAGUGAUAAUGAAAAUCUUACGCUCAAAGAAAAAGAAAUAUGCGAGUGUGACUUAACUAUGUUUUCUUGUGACAUCAAUUGUUGCUGCGACAUAGAUUGCAAUCAUUUUCACUUAUCUGCAUUUUCUUACUGUCAAUAUUAUCAUGUGGAGCUUUAUGACAGUCGGUAUUGCUAUAAUCAAAAUUUCCUACAACGGAAUAACACACCUUUUAUUUUUGAAAAACUUGCAAAUAAUUUGUUUUGCAUCUUAUAUGACAAUCUUCCAUCUACAUAUAGUACUAACAACAAUUUGGUAAGUAAGUUACAUAAUAUUAUAUAAUAAAACUAUU